GCUUUUAGGACCCUGGGGAAUCGGCAGGAGUGCCUCAUCCUUUACGUCAUCAGUCAGCUAAUUGAGGAAGAGAUGUUUUGCUGUCAUCGUAAGCCUUAGAAUGUCCAGGCAAAUCAAUGUUGACUGACUUUUUGACCUUCUAGAAUUCGGUCCGAACGUUUCGGAGGGGCUAUUCUUCAGUAGAAUUGCUGGACACCGCACCACGGAUUGUUAAAAAAGGGGGAGGCGCGCGUGUGCAACGACAGCAACUUUCAAGCCAGUCCUUCUGUUUCUUGUUACGGUGGUAACUUCAGGUGAUGGUCUUGGCGGCUUUGAGUGCCGGCUCCAGCACAGCAGAGUGUCGGCGCAUUGCACCGUAGGUCCUCGCUGCUCCGUCCUGCAGGCAGCGCUGAUUACCCACAACCUCCUUCCCCUUUGCUCCCUGUGAUUGGGUGGAAGAUGGCGCUGGGCGGAUGGAAAUCCUAAUGACAGUUUCCAAGAUCGCCUCCAUUUGUACCAUGGGCGCCAAUGCCUCUGCUUUGGAAAAAGAGAUUGGUCCGGAACAAUUCCCAGUCAAUGAACACUAUUUUGGAUUAGUCAAUUUUGGAAAUACCUGCUACUGCAACUCUGUUUUGCAAGCACUUUAUUUCUGCCGUCCGUUCCGUGAAAAGGUACUGGCAUACAAGAGCCAGCCACGUAAGAAGGAGAACCUGCUGACAUGUCUAGCAGAUUUGUUCCACAGCAUAGCUACACAAAAGAAGAAAGUUGGAGUUAUCCCACCAAAGAAGUUUAUCACUAGAUUGAGGAAAGAAAAUGAGCUGUUUGAUAAUUACAUGCAACAGGAUGCUCAUGAAUUCCUUAACUACCUACUGAACACCAUUGCAGACAUUCUACAAGAGGAAAAAAAGCAGGAAAAGCAGAAUGGCCGACUACCAAAUGGCAAUCUGGAUAGUGAAAAUAAUAAUAGCCAGCCGGAACCUACCUGGGUGCAUGAGAUAUUUCAGGGAACACUCACCAAUGAAACUAGGUGUCUCACCUGUGAAACUGUAAGUAGUAAAGAUGAAGACUUUUUAGAUCUCUCGGUAGAUGUCGAGCAGAACACAUCAAUCACCCACUGCUUAAGGGGGUUCAGCAACACUGAGACUCUUUGCAGUGAAUACAAAUACUACUGUGAAGAGUGUCGCAGUAAACAAGAGGCCCACAAAAGAAUGAAAGUGAAAAAACUUCCUAUGAUACUUGCUCUGCAUCUUAAGAGAUUCAAAUAUAUGGAUCAGCUACACAGAUACACCAAAUUAUCCUACAGAGUGGUGUUCCCUCUUGAACUUCGGCUUUUCAACACGUCAGGUGAUGCCACCAACCCUGAAAGAUUGUAUGACCUUGUUGCUGUGGUGGUGCACUGUGGAAGUGGCCCAAACAGAGGACAUUAUAUUGCAAUAGUAAAAAGUCAUGAUUUCUGGUUGCUUUUUGAUGAUGACAUUGUCGAGAAAAUAGAUGCACAGGCCAUUGAAGAAUUUUAUGGAUUAACUUCAGAGAUCUCCAAGACCUCAGAAUCUGGCUACAUUCUUUUCUACCAGUCUAGAGACUGAGGGCCCUGCUUAUGAGACCAUUCCAGCACUGUUCUGCUCUAUGGCGAUCCCUGCGGAGCCAAGCACUGAAUUUACAAGGGAAUUCCAGGAGCCCAGCCAUUGGGCUUUGGCACAGUUUGCACAUGGCAGUGUAUGAAACAGAAGGCAGAGUUUAAUUGCAAGAACUUAGGUUAACUUGCUCAGGUAUUGCAGCCAUUGACAGAGUUCCACCUUUACUGUGCAUAGGUAAAAUUUAAAGCAGUAAUGGCGCUCUAUCCCUUUUCCAUGAAAUUGUCAAGUCUUCACUGUUGUCUUUUUUUGUUGGGAGGUUUGGUUUCUGUUGACUCUUUUAAAAUAUAUAUAUAUUUUUUUUAUCCAGACACUUCUGAAAAUGAAGAAGUUUGUGGUGCAGUGCUAUAAAAAAAGAAAGUUAAAGGGGAGUCAUUCUAGUUCUUAGUAAGUUUGUUAGUGCUGCAUGCAUGAAAGUGUGCUGAAAAAGUAAGAGAGCUGACUUUACAUAGUGGUUAGCAACAUUCACCCUCCCUUAAAUUACUGCUGUUGUAGUGACUAUGGGACACAACCACUUAAUUUGUCUGUUCAGUUUUUUUUUCCUUUCAUUUUCUUAUACUAGUAUCAUUGUCCAUGACAUUUCACAGUGGAAAAUCAGAUGUAUACAUUAAGGCUCCGAACCUGGAGCUGUUAACUAUUUCUGUUUUAAAAAGUUCUCUUUUGUGUGCAGGAGCUUAAUUUGAGGAGCUAGCUCAUCUUUUGAAAAGAUAAUUAGUAAAGUCCCCAUUUUUGUAUAAUGACAGAUGUAUGAAUGUAAAUAAUUUUGUGAUUGUAGAUCGAAGGUGAUUUAUUUGACAUUUAGAGGUUAGAAUUAUGUUUAUUGCAAUCAGAGAUAGGCCCCCUUUUGUAUGUAAUCAUACCUUUUCCGUUUUUAUAGGAAGAAUGUUUUCUUAAUGCUGCUAUUGGUUUUAGUUUUGGUUUACUUUUCUAAAUCUGCUUUUUUGUGGGGAGGAUUACCAUACAUUCUUGUGGCUCAGGAUUAAACAAUGUGUUUUAUUUUUUGAAUUUAUUUUAUUUUUGUUUUGACUAGCCUUAGAUUUUGAUUUUUGAAAGCUAGUGUCCACUACCAAUGCAGCGUUGUUGGGCAAGGUCUUCAUCUUUGUGCCACAUACUCAAUGAAACGUUAGGAGAUGGCAGAGUAAUUUGAUGAUUUUUGAUAUAGAACUUUCAGACUAAAUCGUUAUUAAAUAGAUGUAAUUAAAAAUGCAGUGAUUGUGGGUGAUAACUCUUUAUUUGUAGGGGAAACAAAGAUAGAAAAUUAAAUCUGCCUAUUUAUGCACACUGACAUCUAAUACACAUGGAUGCAGCCUCCACCACAUAUACAGUGUAAAUAGAUACAGAGACACCCACUCAUUUUAUGUUUCAUUCUGCUGUGAGAUUUUAAGAGGGAAUGUGCUUUAUGCAUACCUGUAACUGACAGCAUACCAAUUUGUAUAUUUGACUUGCCACCGUUAUGCAGUGAUGCAUAGUGCAACAUUGCACUACAUUAAGUGCACUUUUUUUCUGUUUACCAUCAUAAUGCAUGUAACAUUAAUCAGUAAUUUAUUUAUUUUAGACAUUUCAUUAAAAUAGUGGGAUUCAUCUAUUUUUAUUAAGAUAUUAAAAGAGCAUAUGUUUUCAUAUGUUUAUCUGGAGCACAUUACCACCACACUUUAGAUUAAUUUUAAAAGGAAAUCUUGAAAAAGAAUCACAUUUUGUUUGCUGUAUAGACCAAAUCAAAACUUUAUCAGGUUAUUCUGAUCCUUUUUUAAAUGAGAAUAUGUUUUACAGUUUGGAAUUAUGCUGUCAAAAUUUAAAAAAAAAUAAAACAUUCAAAAUAGAACACUUUUAAUAACUGAUACAGGGCAGUUGUCAUUUAAAACUGAUAAAUUAAACUAGCACUACUAUAAUUGUUUUUUUCCACUUGAUUUCUGUAUUUUAUUGUUCACUGAUAAUUUUAACAUUACACAAGAAUUAACUCUGUAUAAUGUUUCUCAAACCAUGCUCUAGGGCAUUAAUGUAAGUAAUGGUAUACUCUGUUAGUGAAGGAACAAUAUAUUCAGAGUAAAACAAAUAAUCACCGUGAAUGCAAAUCAUUAAAAUUACAAUAAGACCAGCUAUCUUGGUGGAGUCCUUGUAGUUCUAACCCUUUGACAAGCACUACAUAUACCGUAAAUGAUUGUCAUCUUUUUCUUAUCAGUUAUGACACCCCACUUAGUCAUCCUAAUCACAAGCUUUAGAUUCCGAUUCAUAAGUCUAUCCAGACCAUCAGAGUCGGAAGGUUGAUUGCUUUAUGUCACUAUUUGUUUUGUGAAAAAUGUACCCAUUAAAUCCUAAAAUAUAUUGUAUGAAAAGAAAAUACAUUUGCAAUGUGCAUAUUGUUGAAGGCAGGUUAUUUUAUAUCUAAAUGUGAAAACAACAUUCUUGCAAAACAGAGUUAAAAUUAUCAUCAUUCUCCAUGUUGUACAAUCAUUAUUUAAUGUUGUCGAAGACUGAUAUUGUCAUGUAUUCUUCAUGACAUCAUGCAUUUUAAAUCUGCUUUUUGUCUUUGAUAUCACUAGUGCUUCCUUUUGUCUCCGCAGCAGAGUUAGUCAGAUAGUAUGGCAAAACUUUGCCUCAGUAAAGACUCUUACUUGUACAGGUGUGUAAGUGUUAAUUAUGUGUUUGCCAUUUGUUGAGCUGGAUCUACCAUGCUUCUUCUGUUCACAUCCAGUUUCACUGCAUAUUAGCAAAUAUUUUGGCAAAACUAUUAACCAUUGGUCUCUUUUUAAGCAGACGUUUGCUAUAAUAUCAAAGUGGAAGUGGUUGUCCCCUAAAAGUUCUUUGAGAAAAAGUGACAUUUUUGAAAUUGUGAAAGGAAUAUAUAGUACUCAGUUGUUGCAAGAAUUGAAUCAAAAUGAACUUUAAAGAUAAGAAGGGCUGCCUCUUGGUCUUUACAACAUUUUAAACAAUUAACAUUUUAAAUCCAAAUAAAGACAUAAACUGUGCUUUCAGCCCAGAUGGCCCUUCUGAACCUUCUUGUCUCUAAUUGCUUUGCUUUAUUUCUAACUUAAGGCCUUGAGUGUAUAUCUAAUCAGUGUAACUUCUGGUGCAGCUAAGAAAGUUAAUCUUACAGACAACUUCUUGGCCAUGUCCAAUGGAAUUUCCCCAAUUUCAACCCAAAAGCAGCUGACCCACAUUUUGUGCAUCUCUGCAUAAUGUAUAUUUAAGCAAAUCAGAUCAAGAACAAUUUAUUAGCUAUAAAAGGUGGAACUGAUUCAAAUAGAGAUAUAUGAUCUUGGGGCAAUGGCCUCUUAUUUUGUACAUUGGGUCAAGUAUUUCUAUAAAAGACAAUGUAUGUUAUUUGUUAACAUACAAGAUGUAUAAAACUUAAUAAUGAUGAUGGCAAAGAAAAUGUAAUCUAAAUUAUAAAAUGUUGCACUUUUGAUACAGAUUUAUAGGUGUUUGGCGGGUGUAUUUAAGGAUUUGCUUGAGACAGCCUGUUGUGAAAUUAUCCUUUUCUGUUCUAAAGAAAUAAAAAUAAAUGCAUUUAAAAUAUUA